AUAAUUAGCAUUUACAAUAUCUGUGUACACCAAUGUUAUGAAUUAUCGUCCGGUCCUCUGCCUGCCAGGGAGAUUUGGACAACCCACGCGCUAAAUUGGAAAGUGUCCCCUCCCAUUCUUUAAGCAGUCCACGCGACACUAAAACAAUACAGCAGGUUUGCAAAAACCCGUUCGCUGAAAACCAGAGAACAGAAGGUGUUCAUUUACAUAUUACCUUUUUCAUCCUACUCCUCCCGUCUCCCCAUCCUCAUGGCUUGUGUGUGAAGCUGAUGUGAGCGAAUAGUUAGCGUUUGCUCAUUCACUCCCACUAGCUCAUCACGUCCGUGUGGCUCUAACCAUUUUUCCGAUAUGUUGCCUUUCUCCUCACAGAAAUAAUGUUUAAGGUCUCUGCUUUUACGUGGAAAGCAUUUUGUUUUUAUUUCUAAAAUGCAAUUGCUAUAGAAUUUGAUUGAUUAUAUUUGAUUUGCAAUAGAUUUUUUUUCCAUUUUUACUCCAGUGUUUGGGACGCAUGGGCAACAGCUGGUGUUGCCAAACAUCGCGAAAAUCAUUCACGUUUUUAUUUUUAUAAAUAAUUUGGAAUUUUCCAUCCAAGUUUAACCAUCGGAGCAAGAUUUUGUCUUUUUAUCUUGAAUGUAAGAAGACUAAUUUUCUUCCUGCUUGCUGUGAGUUUCUCGUCUCGACUGGAUUGUGCAUGUUUGUGUCAGCUCUGUUUGUAUUGUUUGCACCGCCAAAUCAAAAGCAUCGCUCUACAGCUCGUGCGCAUCACGGAGAGAUGAGCCGCGUGCACCGAGUUGAUUCACUGUGAAUACCGCCGCGCUACCAGCGAGUGUUUCAGUCCAGCAUCCAGACUCCGUCUUUGAACAAAGUUGCUCGUGAAAUAUCUAUACCAGAGCUACCCAGCACGAUGAACCUCUGUUAACCGCAACAUCUGUCUCUCAGAGCAGAAGUUUAUUGGUUGUGGACACUGAUACCGUUACACUGCCACCAUGCCUCACAUGCGCCUGCCAUCCGUCCCUUGCCUUUUCUCUCUUCUCAUCCUGAUCUUCUUCUUGGGCCUCACCAAUGUCUCUCAGGCCAGCCUCGAUGUGUCCCACACCAGUCCAGCAAACUGUUCAGGAGAGGACAGCUGCUCAGAAGGCGUAGUUUUGCCAGUGUGGAACCCCCAAAACCCCUCUGUCGGUGAUAAGGUCGCACGUGCCAUCGUCUACUUUGUGGCCCUCAUCUACAUGUUCCUGGGCAUGUCAAUCAUCGCUGACCGGUUCAUGUCCUCCAUCGAGGUCAUCACCUCUCAAGAGAAGGAGAUAACGAUCAAGAAACCCAACGGUGAAACCACCACAGCGACCGUCCGCAUCUGGAACGAGACCGUGUCCAAUUUGACCCUCAUGGCUUUGGGAUCAUCGGCUCCUGAGAUCUUGUUAUCUGUAAUUGAGGUCUGUGGCCACAAGUUUGAAGCGGGUCACCUCGGUCCAAGCACGAUUGUGGGGAGCGCAGCAUUUAACAUGUUUAUUAUCAUCGCCAUCUGUGUUUACGUGGUUCCUGAAGGCGAGGUGCGAAAGAUCAAGCACCUGAGGGUUUUCUUCGUGACCGCAGCUUGGAGCGUGUUUGCCUACAUCUGGCUGUACUUAAUUCUCUCCGUCUUCUCUCCUGGUGUGGUGGAAGUCUGGGAGGCUGUGCUCACGUUCCUCUUCUUCCCGCUGUGCGUGGUUCAGGCCUGGAUCGCUGACCGCCGCCUGCUCUUUUACAAAUACGUCCACAAGCGCUAUCGUGCUGACAAGAAUCGCGGUAUUAUAAUUGAAACGGAGGGUGACGGUAUGUUUACCAAAAUGGAUAUGGAGAUGGACGGGCAGGGCAUCAAUUCCCACAAGGAGGCUCUUGAUGGCAUGCUAGCUGGAGUAGAGGAAGGAGGAGGUGGUAGUGGAGGAGAGGAAGAGGAGGCCAGGAGGGAAAUGGCCCGUACGCUUAAGGAGCUCAAACAGAGACACCCGGACAAGGACAUGGAGCAGCUGAUUGAGAUGGCUAACUAUCAAGUUCUGGUGCAGCAGCAGAAAAGUCGAGCUUUCUACCGCAUCCAGGCCACGCGCAUGAUGAUCGGAGCCGGUAAUAUCUUGAAGAAGCAUGCCGCAGACCAGGCCAGGAAGGUGGUGAGCUGUCAUGAAUCUAAUGCCCAGGAAGAAGACCCUCACACCAUCUACCUUGAGUUUGAGCCCUCGCACUACCAAUGCUUCGAGAACUGCGGCUCCUUAAAACUCUCAGUCACCCGGCAUGGUGGAGACAGUGGCUGCACUGUUAAGGUUGACUAUCGCACAGAAGACGGAACAGCUAAUGCAGGAUCAGACUACGAGUUUGCCGAGGGCACUCUGGUCUUCAAACCUGGCGAGACCGUAAAGGAGCUGACAGUUGGCGUGAUUGAUGAUGACAUAUUUGAGGAAGACGAGCAUUUCUACGUAAACCUCAGCAAUCCUCGUGUCGUCCAUCGGGCUGAGGUCUCAGUCCUAGACACCAGUGCCGUGUCUCCAGGCAGCAUCGUCAUAGGGUCCAGCCACGUUCCUCCAAAAGCCGCUCUGGGUAACGCUCACAGCGCCACGGUGACCAUCUACGAUGACGACCACGCAGGAAUCUUCACGUUUGAGAACAAUUCGACACGAGUGAGCGAGAGCGUGGGCAUCAUGCAGGUGAAGGUUCACAGAACGUCCGGAGCACGAGGGAAGGUGGCAGUACCGUACCACACUACAGAGGGCACGGCCAAGGCUGGAGAAGACUACGAAGAGGUGGCUGGCAAACUGGAGUUCCUCAAUGAUGAGACCAUGAAGAUCCUGGAAGUGCAGAUCAUAGACGAUGAGGAAUACGAGAAGAAUAAAACCUUCACCAUCCACCUGGGAGAGCCGAUACUGCUGGAGAUUGGACAGAAACACGGAGACUCGAACGAUAACAAGCCAGCUGUGGGGGCUGAGGAAGAAGAAGUGGCCAAGAUGGGCUGCCCGAGUCUAGGAGAGCACACUAAGCUAGAGGUGGUCAUAGAGGAAUCCUAUGAAUUUAAGAAUACUGUCGACAAACUAAUAAAGAAGACUAACUUGGCGCUGGUGGUGGGCAGCAGUAGCUGGAGAGAGCAGUUCGUAAGUGCUGUUACUGUCAGUGCAGGUGAUGAUGAUGAGGAGGAGAGCGGAGAAGAGCGCUUGCCCUCAUGCUUUGAUUACAUCAUGCACUUCCUGACAGUGUUCUGGAAGGUUCUGUUCGCCUUUGUCCCGCCCACCGAAUACUGGAACGGCUGGGCCUGCUUUAUCGUGUCCAUCACACUCAUCGGCGUGCUGACUGCCGUCACUGGAGAUUUGGCAUCUCACUUUGGUUGUACAGUCGGCCUGAAGGACACCGUCACAGCCGUGGUGUUUGUGGCCUUGGGUACAUCUGUGCCCGACACCUUUGCCAGUAAGGUGGCAGCCAUCCAGGACCAAUACGCCGAUGCGUCCAUCGGAAACGUGACGGGUAGUAACGCAGUAAACGUCUUCCUUGGAAUCGGAGUGGCGUGGACCAUCGCCGCCGUGUACUGGCAGAGUCAGGGGAAAAAAUUCGAGGUCCCGCCCGGCUCGCUGGCUUUCUCCGUCACCCUCUUCACCAUCCUGGCAUUGCUGUGCGUCGUCAUACUUCUGUACCGCCGUCGGCCCUCCGUCUCCGGGGGCGAGCUGGGUGGCCCGCGAACCCCCAAGCUGCUCACUGUGUUCCUGUUCAUCUCGCUCUGGCUCAUCUACAUCCUGCUGGCCUCUCUCGAGGCGUAUUGCUACGUGCCUGGCUUCUAACAACAAGAAACUUCUCACCGUAUACAUCCACUAGUCAUUCAUCGUUGUGCAUAUGAGACGUCUAAAUUGAGUGUUUAGGUUGUAAAUGAUUGUUGUACAAAUUGAACUCUCAACCUUUCACCAACACUUGGGUGGAGGAUGAUGGAGUAUCUUACUUAGUAUCUUUACUGUCAGCACCUGGAUAUUGAGACACAGCGACACUUAUCCAGAAUAGUCUCCAGAGAGCCCCUUCAGCAUUAGACUCGUUUCUUUCAAGGACGGCGCUUUAGCUUCACUUCGAGAUUCUCUCAGAAAUCCCUACUCUGUCAUUUCUCUCGGGCACUUUCAAUAAACUCAUUCCCACUGCAGAUAUCUGGGCAUGCUUCACACCUCCACCUUCCCCGGAGACAAACAUUGCUCUUCUCUUGCCUGUUACUUUUGGCUCACUGUAGCCCUUCAUAUCUCACUAAUGAAGUUUUUUUAUAUACGUACAUUAUUUUGCCCCACCUCAAAACUAUACACAUCAUCUUUUCGAAGUUACACCAAGGUCCUGCCCUUCAUAGAUCAAAUAUUUAAAGCUAUCCCAACACAUUAUAAACCACACCUUAUUCACUUCUAAUCUUUUUUUAUGUCAAGUGCUUGUGUUGUAGAUCUCGUUUUUAAAAUGCUCUUCUGAAUUUUUAUUUUUAUUAUACUACUGAAACUCAAUUGAUAUUGUAGGGAGGACAAAAAUAGUUUUUUUCCUAAAUUUUCUCAGUAUUAAGUUAAUAAAAACACAAGAAAUGCAUAUUUUGCAUGGCACAACGUUAGUAAUAGAAGUUGAAUGGUGACCAAAAGAAAUAGUUUAUCGAUGACAGUGUCAUACGAACCAAGGUAUCAGUGUUUAUUCAUGUGAUAUUUAUUGAUAUUUAUUAUGAUCAACUAUGUAUUACGUGGAGAACUAUUGUAUGACUGUAUGUGUGUCAUAUGCCAGUCGUGCAUAUGAAUGUGUCUUAAUGUAUGAGAGCGUGCUGUACUCAAGCACAGUGAAUUUUCGGUCGCCACUGCCAUAGUCGGGAGUUUCAAUCUCCUGUUUUGUUCAGUCCUGUGAGCUUCUAGGACUUUCUUUGACGUUCACGUUUCUAUUGAAUCAUGUGGUUGUGUGGGAACUCAACAAGGAUGCCUUGAUAUCAAAGUCAUUAACUACUGUAGACGUGUCACUGAGUUUACACUGUUUUCUAGAUGUUUUCACUUGACUAAAAAAAAGGCAGUGAAAAAUUGUAAAUAUCUUGUUUUGUUCAUUACACCUUGUUUUUUUUACGUGUGAAAUGUUAGACCCCCAACAUCAGCACAUUAAUCCAGAGCUUCAUCUAUUUAUUGAGGUCAUUCAUUUUGCCCUUUAUGCGCAUGACUAAUGUAUAGUGUAUAGUUAAACUUCUGUUCAAUUUUUGUUUGCUCUCUCUAAAUUAUUUUUCUCUUUAUAUGCUCUUUCACUGUAAAAAACAAAUGUUGUCAAAUCAACAUAUACACUCGCCAAAAGGAUUAUUUGGAACACUUGUUCAAUUCCUUAUUAAUGCAAUUAUCUAAUCAACCAAUCACAUGGCAGUUGCUUCAAUGCAUUUAGGGGUGUGGUCCUGGUAAAGACAAUCUCCUGAACUCCAAACUGAAUGUCAGAAUGGGAAAGAAAGGUGAUUUAAGCAAUUUUGAGCGUGGCAUGGUUGUUGGUGCCAGACUGGCCAUUCUAAGUAUUUCACAAUCUGCUCAGUUACUGGGAUUUUCACGCACAACCAUUUCUAGGGUUUACAAAUAAAUGGUGUGAAAAGGGAAAAACAUCCAGUAUGCGGCAGUCAUGUGCGUGAAAAUGCCUUGUUGAUGCUAGAGGUCAGAGGAGAAUGAGCCGACUGAUUCAAGCUGAUAGAAGAGCAACUUUGACUGAAAUAACCACUCGUUUCAACCGAGGUAUGCAGCAAAGCAUUUGUGAAGCCACAACACGCACAACCUUGAGGCGGAAGGGCUACAACAGCAGAAGACCCCACCGGGUACCACUCAUCUCCACUACCAAUAGGAAAAAGAGCCUACAGUUUGCAUGAGCUAACCAAAAUUGGCCAGUUGACGACUGGAAACAUUGAGACAUUCAGAUGGUAGAUUCAGAAUUUGGCGUAAACAGAAUCCAUCAUAAACAAGGACAGGACACGGAUCCAUCAUGCCUUAUUACCACUGUGCAGGCUGCUGGUGGUGUUGUAACAUGUGGGGGAUGUUUUCUUGGCACACUUAAGGCCCAUUAGUGCCAAUUGGGCAUCAUUUAAAUGCCAUGGCCUACCUGAGCAUUGUUUCUGACCAUGUCAAUCCCUUUAUGACCACCAUGUAUCAAUCCUCUGAUGGCUACUUUCAGCAGGAUAAUGCACCAUGUCACAAAGCUCGAAUCAUUUCAAAUUGGUUUCUUGAACAUGACAAUGAGUCAUCACUGUAGUAAAAUGGCCCCCACAGUCACCCAAUAGAGCAUCUUUUGGAUGUGGUGAUGUGGUGGAACGGGGGCUUCGUGCCCUGGAUGUGCAUCCCACAAAUCUCCAUCAACUACAAGAUGCUAUCCUAUCAAUAGAUCCCUUCACGGUUCACGUCACAGGCUGUUCCCACUGCGCAUGUCGGGGUCAGAAAAGUCAUUACAGCUGAUUGAGUUGCGUAUUAUUCGGUAUCGUCAAAAAUGCCUACUUACGUCGUGGGCUGUGAAAAUCGCACAAGGUCUUCCGUUAAGUUUUCGCGAUUCAUGCAGAAUCUCA